UCUACUGUUUAGUUGUGUUUCUUGUUUUUUGUUUUCUUUUUAGUUUUACACGUUUUUCAUCGUGCGGUUUCUGCACGUAUUUCUGCGCAACUAGUUCAUCAGUUUUUCAAAAAUGGUAAAGCCAAAAAAAUCAAACAUUGCAGGCGGAUUCUCUGAUCAGAGCAUAAAAUCUCUUGGGAAAGACGGUCAGCGGGCACAAAAGGUUUCCAAAGUCGUGAAGGAUGUCGAAAAUGCAGAGUCGUUUUCGAACUUUGUCAGUACAAAAAGAUCGCAGGCCAGCUUGGGCACUCGGAGCCCAAGUAUUCCAUCCGACGAGUUUUUCCCAUCCCCAACUCCCAGUGCUGUCUCUCCACAGCUGAAGGCCAAAAAGUCGAAAUCUUUCAUCAGACUAAAGGUGAGUAAAUCACUGACCUCGAUAGCUUCAAGAAAACAUACGUCCUCGGCUUUAACAAACCGGAGUUCUGAUGGGAGCGACCAGCCUUGGCAAAUUUAUAAGAUCAUCAAAAAGGAAUCAAGUGAAAAGGUUCAAUUCGAGCAAAGUAAAAGUUUUGAAAUAUCUAGUUCUUCGGAAAGUGAGUUUGUCGAUGAGGAGGGUUUUGCACCAGGAGAGAAUGACAGCAGUUUUCACACGGAGCUCAGCUCUUUGUUUAAAUCUGAUGGCCGAAUGAGUGCAUCCUCCGACUCGAACAUCAGGAUGCGAUUCAACCUACUCGAUGGCAUCAGGAAUCUGCCCGAUUUGGACGAGAUUAGUGCCCGCUCGAGCUCAGAACACGAUUUGAAGCGGUCGGAAAGCGAUAUGGACCUCGGAAAGUUCCGGAACCCUUUGACAUACAGCUCCUCCCUCACUUAUACGGAUGGCACAUUGGCCACAGACCAAUACGAUGAAGCUAUGGACGACACAAUGUUUCCGAUGUCCGAUGAAUCCGAUGCACAAGGUCUGGCUAUGAUUUCGUCCUCCGAACUGGAAUCAGACGACGACAUCGAUUGGGGAUCGGAGAACAAACAAGACAAAUCGAGUAUCGUACCGGAAUUCGCUGAUAUUACAAUCGGGUCCGUAGAAUCUAUUCCCAAGCGAGUUCGCCAGACCGUUUGUGUCGAUAGCAUUUGCGAAAACGUUCUGACCGAGAUAGUCGAUCAAGUGGUGGAGAAUUUAGAAAACGAAGACCUUGUGAGAAGGAAGAAUCUGGACAAGGGCAAGCUCUUGGAUCGACUUCGCGAGGAAGUCGAUGACCACUUCUGGGAGAAGUACGAGAACGACUUUCUAACCAAACGAAUGACCGAAUACUAUCUGCGCCGCUUCAAGUAUUCCCUGAUAACGCCGAGCACCACUUCCGAGCUCAACGACGCCUAUCGAGGGCGGUACAUGAGUGCCCUUUACGAACUGGACCGCUGGAUGCUGAAAGAACGGGAGGCCGAGGAACUCCUUCUGGCGGAAAGGGAUCGACUGAACACGGAGUUCGAGCAGAAAAAAUCUGAGGAAACUGAACAAUUCGAACGGCUGGAGAAGCUAUUCAGAAACACCAUUUAUGGUCGUGCCGCACCUUCAGAUCGCCUUCAAAAUGUUACCGAAGGGCUCCUACGACAAAUGAGGAAAAAGCGCGAUGCAAUCUCUGAGACGCGCACAGUUUUGAUCGUAAAGCAGCACAACUAUGCAUACAUUAAGAAGAAAAUCAAUAACACAGAUACCCUAUCUGGAGAGGUAAAAAUAGAUACGUAUCUUUCCACCGAACAAGGUGUUCAGGAUUUGGCAAAUACUUUGCAUAAUAGAAACGAAGAGCUGAACCGAAUGUAUACCCUGGUCAAAAACAAAAUUCACACAAUUUCACAUAUGAGAUGCAGACGCAAGUUGCUAGGUCAAAAGUUUCGGGUAGCCAAAGUCGAGCUGCUUGAAAGGCGAGGACAACUUUUGGCGUUGCGUGAUCGAGUUCACGAGAGCAAUGUACUACACAACAAACUUCGGGCCAAAAUCCAACAGGCUCGCUUCAAAAGUGGCCUAAAAUCGUAUCCCAAGUUGUUAGCUGACUUCGAUCAAACGAAGAAAUUAGUGCUGAUGAAGCGGAAUGAUGUAAAACAACUGAAGAAACAACAAGACAAUCUGAUAAAAAAAGUAGACAAAAUAGAAUUGGAGAUUCAAGAAUCUUGUUUUAGUAUCCAAUCAAAAGGUACACCUAAAAAAAAACGAAUGCAGUACCGAAAUAAAUAAAUCAAAGAGUAAUUGAAACAUG